CAGCUUUGGGCAAUCCUUGGGGUGGAAGAAUCUGAGGCCUUUAUCCUCUGUCCAGCUCUGCAGGUCGGGAGCCCCUGGUUCCAGCCAUCUCCUCACUCCCACCUGCCAACCUGUCUGAUAUGUCGGGACCCGUGCCGAGCAGGGCCAGAGUUUACACGGAUGUGAACACACACAGACCCCGGGAGUACUGGGACUAUGAGUCACAUGUUGUUGAGUGGGGAAAUCAAGAUGACUACCAGCUAGUUCGAAAAUUAGGCCGAGGCAAAUACAGUGAAGUGUUUGAAGCCAUCAACAUCACAAAUAAUGAAAAAGUAGUUGUUAAAAUUCUCAAGCCUGUUAAAAAGAAGAAAAUCAAGCGUGAAAUCAAGAUCUUAGAGAACUUGCGAGGAGGUCCCAAUAUAAUCACCCUUGCAGAUAUAGUAAAAGAUCCUGUGUCUCGGACACCUGCUUUGGUAUUUGAACAUGUAAACAACACAGACUUUAAGCAAUUAUACCAGACAUUAACGGAUUAUGAUAUUCGAUUCUACAUGUAUGAGAUUUUGAAGGCUCUAGAUUACUGCCAUAGCAUGGGAAUCAUGCACAGAGAUGUCAAACCUCACAAUGUCAUGAUUGACCAUGAGCACAGAAAGCUUAGACUAAUAGACUGGGGGUUGGCUGAGUUCUAUCACCCUGGCCAAGAGUACAAUGUCAGAGUGGCUUCCAGAUAUUUCAAAGGACCUGAACUCCUUGUAGAUUAUCAGAUGUAUGAUUACAGUCUGGAUAUGUGGAGCUUGGGUUGCAUGUUGGCUAGUAUGAUAUUCCGAAAGGAGCCAUUUUUCCAUGGCCAUGACAACUAUGAUCAGCUGGUGAGGAUAGCCAAGGUGCUGGGAACAGAAGAUCUGUAUGACUACAUUGACAAAUACAACAUCGAACUGGACCCACGUUUCAAUGACAUCUUGGGCAGACACUCCCGUAAGCGAUGGGAGCGCUUUGUCCACAGUGAGAACCAGCACCUGGUGAGUCCUGAAGCUCUGGAUUUCUUAGACAAGCUGUUGCGAUACGAUCACCAGUCGCGACUCACAGCAAGAGAAGCCAUGGAACACCCCUACUUCUAUCCCAUCGUGAAAGACCAAGCUCGGAUGGGCUCGUCCAACAUGGCGGGUGGCAGCACUCCUGUCAGCAGUGCCAGUAUGAUGUCAGGGAUUUCUUCAGUGCCAACACCUUCACCCCUCGGACCUCUCGCAGGCUCACCCGUCAUCUCUGCCACCACCACGCUGGGGAUGCCUGUUCCAGCUGCUGCCGGGGCUCAGCAGUAGGAUGGGCUCAGUCUCCUGCUGCCUGGGCUGAGGAGGGUGGGGAUGAGGUUCCCCCCACAGCUCUGCUCAGGGGGCAGCUCGUGCCUGGCAGGGGAAGGGAGGGGAUGAAGCUUUGGAGGCACCGUGUCUGAACUGUUGCUUGUGGAUUUAUAGUAGUUCAGUCAUUAUAUACAAAAUUAUUAUAGGCUGAUUUUUUUCUUUUUUUACUUGAACUUUUUCGUAACUCAGGGGAUUCCCUGAAAAUACCUACAGAUGGAAUAUUUCUUGGACAGUUGUUUCUCUCCCCCCCGCCCACCCAUCCCACUCCCUCUUCCCCCACCCCUCCCUCCCCCCCAAAAAAAAAAAGUACUCUUCAUUUAAGUACAAAGAUCCACAGCAUUUCCAAGCUCUUGCAUCCUGCUGGAAAUCUCUUCAUGUUCCUGCCAUUACUCACUCCUCCAUGAACCUGCACCUUGGAGGAUCGUGCUGUUCUCCAGAGACAAGUCUUCAUGAGGCAGGGGAGGGGGAUUCCUAAAGUACCACUCACUUAACCCCAUGUCCUGCACAGGGCUCAGCUGGGGUACACUGAGGAGACCAUUCCAGUAUGGCGAGGUGGUGUAAGCUUAAAAGAAGUACAGAUAAUGUCUGAAACCUGAAUUGGAUUGAAUCAUGUGUCCUUAGGAAAGCCAGAAGGCCACAUCAACCCCUUGCAUGUAAUUUUAGUCUUAAAAGAUGAAGUUACUAAUCCGAUUGGAGUCCUUGCCACCUCUGGAGAAAGGGGCUCCUCUAGAGGAAGCCACGUUCUCACCAGCCCCUUGCUCCUGGAGGGCUCACCCGCCGUUGCUUGGCUUGGAUCUCUGGAAUUAGUUUGUUAUUUGGGUAUAUUGUUUUUAAAUCGUUUCUAUAGGUUUCAAGCUGGUGGCUACUUAAAGCUGGGGGGGGGAAAAAAAAAAAAGUCUGAUACCACCACUUCACCCACCAUCCCCUCCCUCACGUGCCAUGCGGUGAGAUACCAGUUAUACCUCACGGUCUUGUAAAUAGCACUGAGAGGACAGAGCGAGUUCCCUGCCCCGACAUGGUAGAUCAGUACUUGUGGACAAAUGUUAUCAUUGACAACGGAAAAGCACCCUUGUUACAGCCCUGCUACCCCUUGCUGUGUAUAUAUACUUUGUCCUUCAUAUGUGAAAGAUCCAGUGUUGGAAUUCUUUGGUGUAAAUAAACAUUUGGUUUUAUUUAUCGA